AUGCCGCUAGUGCUAGAUAUAUCUACACGAAUAGAGUUUUCAACGUCAGAGCGUUUGAUAUACAAAACUUUUAGCCCUUUAACCCGCCAGAUCUUCCCAGCUGCUGACGAUGAACUUCUUACCUAUCUACAGGAGGAAAAUCAACUCAUUGAACCUGAUUGGUACUGUCCCAUUAUUCCUAUGGUUUUGGUGAAUGGCGCAGAAGGUGUAGGCACAGGAUGGUCAACACUUAUACUCAAUCACAAUAUCUUCGACGUAAUCGAUAAUGUUCGGAGGAUGAUUGAUGGAGAUGAAAUGGAGAAGAUGAUACCAUCGUUUUCGGACUUCUCUGGAAAAAUCGAGGAACUAGCGGAGAAUAGCUAUGAAAUCAGCGGAAAAUAUAAGAUCAUUCCAUUACAAAGGAGAAAUGCACCAAACCUGAGGAUUGAAAUCACUGAACUACCUGUAGGAGAAUGGACGAAUAGAUACAAACAAAAUACGUUACAUGCGCUACAGAAGAUUGGAAUUAUAAGCGGCUUCAAAGAAUAUCACACAGAAAGAAAUGUGCGAUUUUUGGUUGAGUUAAGCAGAGAAUUUACUACACGAUGUAGAAGACCUGCUGGACGUUAUUCCGAAUUGAUGAAGAAAUUCAAGCUGUGCACAAGCUGUGUAAAUGGUUUAUCUGAAACUUUUCAGGUGUUAUUCGAUCCAUUUGGUCGUUUGAAGAACUACGCUACUAUCGGUGAAAUAAUGCUAGAGCACUUCCACGUUCGCCAGAAAAUUUACGAAAAAAGGAAGGAACACGAAACGAAGAUGUUAGAUGCACAGAAAAGGAAAAUAGAGAACCAGGUGUGGGAAAUUUGUGAAAAAUAGCA